UUCAAUUUGGCAACAUAUUUACAGCAUGUAGAUAUUAUAGAUGCCAAAAUCACAAAACAAGAUCCUGAUUGUUUCAAGAACUUUUUAUAUUUCUCUGAAAUAUAAUGACUACAUUUUCGUAUAUACUGAUGCAUCAAAAAAUAACACUAAGGUUGGUAUAGGCAUUUAUAUUCCACAACUAGACUAUAAAUUUUCAGCACGACUACAUGAUCACCUAAACAUCUGUGACGCGGAGAUGAUUGCCUUGUAUAAAGGUAUGAAGAUCUGCAUGGAAAAGGGCCAGCGACAUAACUUUCUUUUCACCGAUUCUGCAAGUGCACUGGAACGAUUGAAGAACGCAAAUUUUCAGACGAAUAUAGACUUUAUUACAUUGAGCAUUAAACACAUUAUCACUACUACAACUCCACAUUAUACUUUCAAAUUUACAUGGAUUCCAGGACAUUCGCAUAUUGAUGGUAAUGAGCAGGCGGAUAAGUUGGCGAAAGUUGGCACGAUCAUCAGUGUUCCAUUGAAUAUUCCAGUAGAUAAACAUAAUUACUUACCAUUCCUGAAAAACAACAUCAAUCAACACUUUUAUACUAAAUGGCAACAAGAGAUACAGAAUAAAGCUAUGGACAGAAGACAUGUUUCUAGCCUCAUCCGUAUGAAAACCGGCCACUGUUGGACUAAGUCUCACUUAUUUCGUAUUGGCGUCUCUUCAAGUCCACAUUGCGACUGUGGACAACUAGACACAUUGGAACACACGUUCCUAGAAUGCCCAAUUAACAGUAUCCCUGGAUAUGACAUUUACCAACAACUUGUCAAAAAAGGCAUUCCGGCUCCCUUGAAUAUGUCAACAGUACUUGGCUCUUUACACUUCGGUAUUAUCAAAACUCUCGUCUAUUUUAUAACAUAUAAUCAUAUCAAACUAUAAGUC